GGGCCGGGGGAGGAGGGGGAGGAGGAGGGAGCGGCAGCGAGAACCCGUAUCGCCCCGCAUCCCGCCGCCGCCGCCGCGCAAUCCGCCGCCAUCCGCCGUGCCCCGCGCCCAUCACCCCUCCGCACCCGGCUCCCCAGGCACUCCCGGCUCCCCGCCACCACCACAGGUGGGUAUCGGGGACCGGCGGCGGCGGCGGCCGCGGAUAUUUGGGGCGGCAGAUCGGGAGCGGCGCAGAGAAAUUUCCUUACUAGAUGACAUUUCAUCGCAAUGUCCGAUCGUUUGGGGCAAAUAACCAAGGGAAAGGAUGGGAAAAGCAAGUACUCGACUCUCAGCCUGUUUGAUAAGUAUAAAGGAAAGUCAAUAGAAGCUAUCAGAACUACAGUUAUUCCUAGACAUGGCUUACAGAGUCUUGGGAAAGUUGCUGCUGCCCGGCGCAUGCCACCUCCUGCAAACUUGCCUAGCUUGAAGUCUGAGAACAAAGGAAACGACCCCAACAUCAUUAUAGUACCCAAGGACGGUACAGGAUGGGCAAACAAGCAGGAUCAGCCAGACCAAAAGAGUUCCAGUGCGACAGCUGCACAGCUGCAGGAGUCGCUGCCGCAGCAGGGUUUGCAGAAAUCUGUCUCCAAUUUACAGAAGCCGACACAGUCAAUCAGUCAGGAGAGUACAAAUUCAGUGCCAGGUGGACCAAAGUCAUGGGCACAGCUGAAUGGAAAGCCAGCAGGACAAGAAGGUGGUUCAAGGGCCUCAAGCCGACUGUUAUCCUUCUCUCCCGAGGAAUUUCCGACGCUGAAAGCAGCUGGCGAGCAGGACAAGGUUGGCAAAGAAAAGGGCGCCUUAGAUCUGUCGUAUGGGCCAGGACCAAGCCUCCGCCCCCAGAAUGUCACCAGUUGGAGGGAGGGCGGUGGGAGGAACAUAACCUCUGCCACAUCUCUGACCGCCUCCCCUGCUGAGCUGGGCAGCAAGACCUCUAGCACCGGAGAUGGAGCCCCCUCCUCAGUGAGCGCCAGCGAUCCGAAGGAGCCGUCUCUCCGCCCAGCUCAGCCUGUCCGCAAAGGGGCUUCACAGUUCAUGGGAAACGUCUACCAACCACCUACGUACCAUGACAUGCUACCUGCUUUUAUGUGUCCACAACAGCCAUCUGAGACCCCUGCACCGCUGGACCGAGGGUCUUUCCCCCUUCCUCAGCUUCGACUUGAGCCCCGGGUACCUUUCAGACAGUACCAGAUGAAUGACCAGGAUGGAAAAGAGAACAGGCUCAGUCUGUCUCGCCCAACACGUCCAGUUCGACAGCAAGUAGAGAGAGCACCUCGGCCCACCAUCAUCAAUGCAGAGAACCUAAAGGGGCUGGAUGAACUAGACACUGAUGCAGAUGAUGGAUGGGCAGGCAUUCACGAUGAAGUGGAUUAUUCUGAGAAAUUAAAGUUUAGUGAAGAUGAGGAAGAGGAAGAAACUCUUAAAGAUGGACGACAGAAGUGGAACAGCUGGGAUCCCAGAAGGCAGCGACAGUUGUCCCUGAGCUCUGCAGACAGUGCAGAUGUCAAACACACCUCGGAGGAAGGAAAGAAUUGGGGCGACUCAGUUGGCUUGUCCCGGUCAGUCCGGAAAGUGCAGGAUUCACAGCAGCCUCCGAGGAAGCUGAAUGGCUGGAGCUCUGCAUCUGAAUACCAGAAGCCCACACUGGGAAGUACUCUCAGACAGCAGUCCCUCGAGGAUAAAGAAGAAAAGGUGCCACUGAGACAGAAGUUUGUGCACUCUGAGAUCUCUGAGGCUGUCGAGAGAGCCAGGAGGCGGCGGGAGGAGGAGGAGCGGCGAGCCAGGGAGGAGCGUCUGGCAGCCUGUGCUGCAAAGCUGAAGCAACUUGAUCAGAAAUGCAAACUGGCCCAGAAGAGUGGGGAGACCCAGAAACACACAGAGAAUGAAGACCUGCGACCCCCAAGCACAGAGAAGAAUGCCGUGCAAGAAAAUGGUCAUGCUUUCCGUAGAGCAACGCCUGAGUUUCACACACAGGAUGUCUCUGUUGGCUAUCUGGAAGAGGAAACUCCUGCUGCAGCAGCAGCAGCCCAAAGCAGCAGUGAGGAGGAGCUCAGAGAAGCUGCCUCCCCGGCACAAGAAUUCAGCAAAUACCAGAAGUCUCUUCCCCCACGAUUCCAGAGGCAGCAGCAGCAACAGCAGCAGGAGCAGCUGUACAAGAUGCAGCACUGGCAGCAGCAAGUCUACCCUCCCCCAUCCCAUUCCCAUCCCCAACGGACGUUCUACCCGCCGCACCCCCAGAUGCUUGGCUUUGAUCCUCGCUGGAUGAUGAUGCCCUCUUACAUGGACCCUCGCAUGGCCCAGAGUCGCACUCCUGUGGAUUUCUACCCUUCAGCCCUUCACCCUUCAGGAAUUAUGAAGCCCAUGAUUCAGCAGGACUCCAUUGGUGGGAGCAGCUGUCGGUCUGAAGAUCAGGCGGGGCAGGCAGAAAGGAAAACUGCUCCCUUGGACCCUGUGCCAGUGUGGGGCCAGGAGAGCUACGCAUCCCUGCAGAGCAAAGGGUACCCCCUGUCACAUCAAAAACAGGCUGACAACAUGACCGUGGAGGGGCUGCAUGCCAGGAAUGACAGUUACUCAGCUUCUCCUGGAAGGCCAGAGAGUCUGAGCUCCCAGCGAGAUCUCUUUGAGGAGAGAGGGGAGGAGUACUUGAAUGCUUUUGACAAGAAGGCCCAAGCAGACUUUGACAGCUGCCUGUCUUCUCAGAGGAUUGGACAAGAUCUCCUGUUUCAGCAUCAGGAGACUGUGCAGGAAACCUGUCCUGCUGGCAACCGCCAUGCAAACUUGAGGUGUUCGCCCCUGGAGCCUGAUUUUAUCCAAGCAGAGAAGAAGCCUGAAUAUAAUGGCUGGGAUAUCAGCCAUCAUCAGAAACCUGCAGAGGCUGCAGCGGAAGUUGCCGGAGAAGUGUCCAGGGAUGAGCAGUCAUUCAGUGCUGACCCGUGGAAGAAAGAAGGAGCUAAUACCAAACAGCCCACUGAAGAAACAACAGAGUGGGCUCCUGAGAACCGGAACGCCAGUGGUCAGCACCAGGAGCAAAUGGGGAGGUCGCGGCGAUCAGGCCCGAUUAAAAAACCAGUGUUGAAAGCCCUCAAGGUGGAAGAGAAGGAGAAGGAGAUGGAGAAGGUUAAACUGGAGGGAGAGGACACCUCGCACCCCCUGAAGGAGAAGGCAGCUGUUCAGAAAGCAGAAAAUGAGUCAGAUGAUUCUGCAUCCUUACUGAACUCCACACGUUACUUGCUAGAUGAGAAAGGUUCUUCCCAAGCCAGUCUUGCCCGAGAGGCUGAGAAAUCCCAAGAGGAGGAAGAGGAAGAGGAGGAGGAGGAAGAGAAGCCAGAAAGAACCUGGGAGAACAAACUAUCCAGAGAGUCCGGUGAUCUCCCUCCCACAAAAAGAAACAACUGGAUCUUCAUUGAUGAGGAACAAGCCUUUGGUGGGAGAGGUCAAGGGCGUGGGCGAGGGAGAGGCUUCAGAGAGUUCACUUUCAGAGGCCGAGGCACUGUUGUGGGCAACCGGGGAGUCUAUAACAACCAGCGGAGCAGCCGAGGGCGGGGGCUUCGGGAGUUCAGCCAGCCGGAGGACUUCCCCAGAGGCAAGCCAAGGCGCCGGAUUGCAAGUGAGACACACAGUGAAGGGUCAGAAUAUGAGGAGCUCCCCAAGCGUCGCCGGCAGAGGGGCUCGGAAAACAGCAAUGAAGGCUCUGUGCUGGACAGGGAGGACAGCGAUUUGAAAAAGGGAGACUUCAAAGAGUCUUGGAGGUCCAACAAAAUCUAUUCAGAUGAUCACAGUAGUCUGGAUCCGAAGAUGAGGGCUCCAAGAGCUUUUGGGAGAUCACUGCCGCCAAGACUGAGCAACUCUGGCUAUGGGCGAAGGGGUUUCAUGGGGAAGGAGCCCACCCAGUGGCAAGGCAGGAGUGGGGGAGCAGGGUGGCAGGAGUACAGCCACACCUCUCCAUCGGACACUUUUGGGAGCAGGCAGCAGUCUGACAGGGACUACAUUCAGGAUUCUUAUAAACACGUGGAUUCCUUCUCCAGCCGGGUUUUUGAUGAGAGUCAUCUGGAUGACAAAAGGCCCUUUUUCCAGGAGGAUUACUCGGCAGAUCAGGAGAACAUAGAGAACAGGCCAUUCAGGAGGCGGCGUCCCCCCCGCCAAGACAAGCCCCCACGAUUCAGGCGCCUCAGGCAAGAGAGGGAGUCGGUUGGCCAGUGGAACCCUGAGGACGGAGGCCCCAACCUGCUGCCUAGCCAGUGGCCUGGAAGACCCAAGCUGACCACUGCAGAGAAGAGCAGCAUCUCGGGCAGACGGUCUCCUGAGCUGUCCUACCAGAACUCAUCGGACCAUGCCAACGAGGAGUGGGAGACAGCAUCUGAAAGCAGUGACUUCAGCGAGCGGCGGGAGAGGCGAGAUGGAGUUUCUGAGAGUGAAGGCCAGCUGGAAGGUGGCCUUGGGAGUGGGAGCGUGGGAGAGAAGAGGGAGCUGGCGAAGAGGAGCUUCUCAAGCCAGAGGCCGCUUGUUGACAGGCAGAGCCGCAAGGCCGAGCCAGCAGGGUUUGUGGAGCAGUCUGUCAGGACUGGUGUAGGAGCAGCUUCCAGAUAUGAAAGCCAGCAGAAUGGGACCCUGAUAAAAAGCAAAAGAUCUCCAGAAGAAGGAGGGGGCCUUGGCAACACCAGUGGUGGGAGCAGCCACUCCAUUUACAGCUUGGAUAGGGCUUCCCAUGCCAACUUGGAAAGUGCUGAGGGGCUAGGUAAAAAGCUAGAGAAGGAGCCCAAAUCCACCCCGCAAAGAGCAAGCGAGAAGGGAGAGGCCUUGUCUCAGUUCGAACUGAGUUAUGGAAGUACCAUCAUUGAUAAUCGGGUGUCGAACGCAGCAGAAGAGAAUGAAGUAGGUUCUAUGGCAGGUGAAGGCUUCAUUGAGGUUCUUACUAAAAAGCAGCGCCGUUUGCUGGAAGAGGAGCGAAGGAAGAAGGAGCAGGCUGCUCAGGCACCAGCUAAGGCCCGCGUCCUUCAGUCUCGCAUUCCUCCUCGAUUUGCUAAGAAGCAGAACAGCUUGUGCUUGGAGCAAAGCGAUGUAACAGUUUCUGGAAACAGCCUGGGCACAGAGAUCUGGGAGAGCAACAGCCCAGCUCUUUCUGUUCAGUCUCCUGGCAGUGAUUCCUGGAGCAAGCCUGUAAAUACCUUUAACAGUACUGAAUCCAGCACCACUGAGCAGGGUUUUAAAGGCAGCCAGGGGGAUAGUGGCAUUGACUUGAGCGCAGAGUCUCGGGAAUCCUCCGCUACCUCCUCUCAGCGCAGUUCUCCAUAUGGCACCCUCAAACCAGAGGAGAUGAAUGGGGCUGGCCUGGUGGACCCAAAGCCUGACUGCCAGAAGGAGCAAGUGCAGAAGCAAUCUGAUAAAAAGGAUUCAGAUCAAGGCUCAGGACAGAACAAGGAACACAAGCCUGGACCAAUCGGCAACGAACGCUCCCUGAAAAACAGAAAGGGUUCGGAGGGAACGGAACGGCUGGAAGGGAAUAUUCCCCCUGUUAAUGGGGUGGAAAUUCACGUGGAUUCUGUACUUCCUGUGCCACCCAUUGAAUUUGGAGUAAAUCCUAAAGACUCUGACUUCAGCUUGCCACCUGGUUCUGCCUCUGGCACUGCAGCUAACCCUGUUACCAAAUUGCAGGAUGCCUUGGCCAGUAAUGCAGGGUUAACACAGUCCAUUCCCAUUCUGCGAAGAGAUCAUCACCUCCAGCGGUGCAUUGGCCUGAACCCAAUGUCCUUCCCCACUGCAGACCUUACUCUUAAGAUGGAGUCUGCUCGUAAAGCUUGGGAAAACUCUCCUAGUUUACCAGAACAGAACUCCCCAGGAGGCGCAGGCUCAGGCAUCCAGCCUCCUUCCAGUGUUGGAGCUUCCAAUGGCGUCAGCUACAGCUCUUUUGGUGGAGUUUCUAUGCCUCCUAUGCCUGUGGCGUCCGUAGCACCUUCUGCAUCUAUUCCAGGUAACCAUAUUCCACCCCUCUAUCUGGAUGGCCAUGUGUUUGCAAGUCAGCCCCGCCUGGUCCCUCAGACGAUACCUCAGCAGCAGAGCUACCAACAGGCUGCUGCUGCUCAACAGAUUCCCAUUUCUCUCCACACAUCCUUACAGGCCCAAGCUCAGCUUGGGCUGAGGGGUGGUCUGCCUGUUUCCCAGUCCCAGGAGAUGUACAGCUCCAUACAGCCCUUCAGAUACAAACUACAAGACAAGAACAAAAUAAAUGCCUGCACUUUGGAGAAAAAAAUGUCUCAGGUGUAUAUGCACCCCAGUCUGUCUCAGCCCAGCACCAUGGUCCUGACAGGAGGCACUGCUCUGAAGCCUCCGUAUUCCGCCUUCCCGGGCAUGCAGCCCUUAGAGGUGGUGAAAACCCAGUCUGGGUCCCCCUAUCAGCCCAUGAAUGGAAGCCAGACGCUGGUUUAUGAAGGCCAGAUAAACCAGGCAGCUGGUAUGGGAGCCUCCCAGAUGAUGGAUUCUCAGCUUACACAGUUAACAAUGCCUGUGCCUGGCUCCCAGCUUCCUCUGCCCCGCUACGGCUCUGGCCAGCAGCCCCUGAUUCUACCACAGUCCAUCCAGCUUCCUCAGGGGCAAAACCUGCCUGUAGGAGCUCCCCGAAGACUCCUCCCUCCUGGAUCCCAGCCUUCUGUUCUUGCUACCAGCAGGGAGUCCUCCCAAAUGGAAAUGAAAGGGUUUCAUUUCUCCGAUGGUAAACCGAAUAUGUCCUCUGGAGGGUCUGUACCAUCACCACACACGUACAGAAUUUACUCCAUGAAUAUUGUCGACUCUUCGAUUUCCAGGCCUAGCUCUGCCAGCCCAAGCGGGAAGCCAUCUGGACCAGCAGUUAAUAUGGGCUCUGUGCAAGGACACUAUGUACAACAGGCAAAGCAGCGGGUGGAUGAAAAUAAAGCCAAUCUGGGAGCAGUAAAGCUGCAAGAAACAGCCUCCACAAACCAGAUGAAGCCAGUGCGCACAGGAGCGAUCAAACCUCAGGCAGUCAAAGUGGAGGAAAGCAAGGCCUAGGAGUACGUCCGAUGCCCAGCUGGUCCUGUUGCCUGAGAGGCACUGCAGCUUAGACUGGACCCCACUGGAUCUCCUGAAAAUCUCACCAGAUCUGCUUCCUGCCCCACAUUGACUGACUACAAUGACAUCAUCCAAGCCCCUCUCCCAACAAAGCAGUUUGAAACAGUGGAUAUGACAUUGACCUGCUUGCUUUAAAACAAACCAACCAUGUGACUUAAGUGGCUUGAGCCAUUCCCCUCCCAUGCACCAUCCACAGGUAGCUGUGACCGCUCACUUGGCAAAGCCUGUCCUUCUCCUUCCCUACUUCUGUCUCAGCGGAGUGGCAACUGGGGGAGAGGGGUUAGUUUGAGGUUUUUCAUUUUAAAGGCAGCUGAGGUUUUUACAAAAAAAGCUAUAUCUUUGUUUAUAGCAGAACUUUUAUAUGUUCUUUCAUUUCCCCCCCCCUUCUUUCUGCUUUCCUCAUUCCUUCCAGAAAAGAAUUCCCUUCAGCUAAAAUUAUGUUCUCACAAAACUGCUUAGUUUUAUAUACGGUUCUGUACUAUGUUGAGAAUCAUGACUCUUCUAAAUUGAGUGAGUUUGGGUAUAUUUUCCCCAGAUUAUUUAGCCUUUCAGAUUAUUUGAUUUAAAAAAAAAAAAAACAAACCAGGACAGUUACGGCAUUCAUUAAUUUUUCAGUAUUUUUGUUUUAAGCUAGAAGCAGUGCUUGCGUUAGAAAUAAAUGUGUACUAAAGGUAUAUAGUAGAUCAGUGCAUUAAUCUUGAAACUUGCACCACUUUAAUUGUAGCUUUGGGGUGCCUUGUGCACAACAAAAUGUGGCAUUUUCGUUUUAAGAGAAAAAAAAACCCACCAAAUUUCUGUUGCAAGCUCAUCCAGAUUUAGGUUUUGGGGUUUUUUUUUUUUUAGUGGGUUUGGGAUUUUUUUAGUGACUGCCAAACCCCCACCAAAAUGUAAAUCAUAGAUUUACGAAAUGUAAAAUCUGUUAAGAAAAAUCUCCUCACUGCAUAUGGGUCAGAAGAGUUGGCUAGAGCCAACGGGUCUGUACGGACUACUUUUUGUAGUUGUGAUGCUCUCUCUUAUGCUCCCUACCUUGGCCACUCUUAAUUCUUCAUGUCUCCUGAGACUUGUUCUAUAUUGCGUUCAUCCCUUGGGGCUGCUCUCCUAAGCUUUGCCCUUCUCCCGUUUCCCUGGGUCUUGCUUUCUGUUCCUCUAACUGAUGGCCUUUUGUAAAAUUUGCAUAGAAACGCAUCGAUAAGGGAGCCCCUCUGCAAGGCAGCCAUUUUAGCACACUUGGAACCUCCUUUUUUGUGUUGGAAGCACACGCUUACAGAGACGGUUUGGAAUCAUCCUUGUUACUCUUCUUCCCCGGAUGAACAGCAAAGGAUUCUUUACUUUUGAUGCAGUUGCAUAUAGCGCAUACACAGUGUCGUUGCCUCACACCUCCUCACCAGUAUUUGAUGAUCUAUGAAAGGAAGGUCCCGGCGGGAGGGGGUUGGGUUUUUAUUUCAUUGGUUCUUCAGUUUUGGUUUAUUGCGUGUGUGUGUGUAUGUAGAUUUUUAGGACGGACUUACAGGUUCCUGAACAUGCUUGGAGUCCUUCAGCUGACUGUAGUCUUAAGUAAACUCAACUACUUUCAGCUAACUUGGUUUGUGUUGUUUAGCUCUUUCAAAAUGUAAAGUAGGCUGGUCGCUCUGAAGUGAGGGAAAGAAAACUUCAUUUCUGCAGGAGAUGAUAGCUUGCUAACUGGCUGUGCCGUCUGCCUCUGCUAGGUGGCAGCAAGUCAUUUGGUGGUGGUUCCAAAGAAGAUACUUUGAACAAAGAAUGUAUUUGGGAAGGGAUCUGAAAGGUAUUCUUGUUUCUUCAUUUGCUUCCCUGCCCUUUCUGGGAAAGAUCCUUCAUAACUUUCUAGGGAUGCAUUUGAAGUUUUAAGCUAAGUAUAAAUAAGAAUUUUAUACAAUAGCUUUAAAGAGCUUAGAAAACUAAACUAACUUAGACAUAGUAAUGUCCCCUCUCCAGAGGUGUCCCCAUUGACCAUGGCAGAGAAGCUGAAGGGAAAGGAAUAGGAUGGUACUUUAAGAAAAACAAAAGCUCUUCUUUUUUUUUCUCAUGUUUUAUGGAUUUCUAACUUCAGAGUGUGCCAGCAUCUCUCUAGCUUCCUCCUUGAAGUACAGGGUUUGAGAUGUAGUGACAAAUAUUUCCCCAGCCUUCAGACAUCUCCCAGACCUGCAUCCUCAUCUGCUAGUCCUGCUCCCAACAUUUUCCAAAGAUUGCUUCACCAGUAAGUCAUCCCACCCCCCUUCCUAUUUUCUUCCUUGGAAUAUCAUGAACAACAGAAUUGUCUGGUUUUUUCUUUUUUUAUUAUCCUUCUGCCCAGCUGGCCCUAGCUAAUAUCAGCCCAGAAUCUAACUAAUGGCUAAAGAGACUUACCCGAGCCCCCCUCUUUCCUACCCUAGACACACUACUUAAGCUUUACAAAGACACCAGCCUCUUUCCUCCCAUGUAUGACUUGAAAAUGGUCAGAUGUGUUGGAGAAAUUGGGUUAUUGCUAGAAACAAGUUAUUGCAGUCCCUCUGGUGUAAAUGCCAUCAGAACUACAAUACUUCCUGUUGAAAAAGGUCACCCUUCUUUCUCUUUUAACCCCUCCAUUCCUUCCCCCAACAGAAUAAAACACUAGAAUUUAUUUAUACGUAUUUGAUGUUGUAGGUCUAGGUGAAAAAGUAAUUGUUUCACUGCUCUAUUUAUAUAUUAUGUCUGAAUUAUUCUGUGCAGGAAAGGCCAAGAAAUGCAUGUGAGCUUCAUUCCAUUCCUCACCUUUGCGUGACUGUCAGCUGCAGUUGGCAAGACUCUCUUUCACUUAAUGGAGUUUUGUGUGAUGGAAAGCAGUUUUAGAGCCCAAACUUCUAAGGUGCAAUAUCCUUCUUCUCUAGCAUAUUUUUUGUUUGUUUGUUUAAAGCUAGUACAAGGUUAGUGCAGUGUUUGUGGUGCUCUUGAAUCACAAGGAAAGUCUCUGAUCCUCAAGGUGCAGAAAUGCCAAGGGUGCUGGUACACUGAUACAAAUUCAGCUUGGGGAAGAGGAGAAUGGAGAUGUAUAGAGUGUGGGAUGUGGUUUAUAGGGGAUAAUUCUGCUUGCAGUCUCCACUGCUGAAGGGUCGAGCCCUAACGAUUUAUUCCUUUGCGAGUUGCUUUUGCUUUGACUGGAAAUCAGCUACCAAAUUGCAGGAGGCUUCUGCUAGGAAAGGUGCAGUGGGAGGGAGAGGUGGAAUCCAUAUUUUCAGCAACAAUGGGUGAAGCAGAAAUAUUCAGAGGCUGACUUUGCUGCUUUUUGUUCAGCUGAAGGUCUGAAGCAUGUGUGUAAACCGUUCUUUUAUACGCAGGAUUCAUGGCCUAGCAGCUGCAUUCAGUGCUGCUUUCCUCUCCAGUUUAGCCUGCUUUUAGCUCGUAAUUAAAAAAAUAAAAAAAGGAGGCUAGGGAAGAAAAAAGCGGGGGGGGAAGGAGGCGCUCCAGUAUAUUUUUAAAUGACAAGUGGAAGCAGCACAGUCACCAGGUAUUGUUGAUCUUCCAUAACUUGUUCCUGGCUCUGCCAUAUGGCAGCUGUACAGUGGUCAGUUACUCUGAAUGUGUUUGCAGCCCAUUGAACUCCAUACGUGUUUGUGUUCAUGCAGAGGCACUCCAUUUAACAGUUUCCUUGCAAGAAUGCUGCAAAGCUACAAGCUGCCCUGUGGUUCCUGUGUAUUUAUAGAUAUAUAUUAAAAAAUGAGCCUAGCAUUUUCUUGCUAUGUCUCACCUUUUGGCAGGCUACUAUAUUCACUAUCAAACGAGCACACCACUGCAUGCCAAGGUCUUGUUCUGUUGCAUUUUGUUAACCUUCCGUUGGCUUCCGACUGGUUAAGCGCAGGUUAAUUCCUUGUAGCACAGGUUAUUUUUGACGUACAGCAGCCCAGUUUCUUUGUAGGAAAGAUGCAUUUGUGAAUAAGAACUAUUUUACGACAGGCAUCGGGAUACUUAGUUGUGGCCCAUUGAUAGAAAAGGCAUGUUUUGCCGAAGCAAUGGAACUGCUGGCUGUGAAGAGACAGCAGCAGUCCAGCUACUUUUAUUUUGUUUGUUUUAAUCCAAAGACCACCAGACUUUCCUAGUGGCCGUAGACCCCGUCCCCCUUGGGUUUUAUGGCUCGUCCCAGCUCCUCAAGAUGUCUGCAGCCACCACCUUGACGGUUGCCCUGGGAAUCGCAGCAGCAGCAGCGAGGCGCUUGCUCACUCUUUAGCAUGUCUUGAGGCGUCGUCCUUAGCUGGAAUCCUUCCUCUGGUUCUGUAUAAAUUGCAUUUGUUGUUUCUCACGGGGAUAUUGUACUCCUUAAAGCUUUUAACCUCAUGACCUGUAUAGUAAAUUUUUUUUGGCCUUUCCUCUCUUUGUCUUUUCAUGUAGACCAGAUAUUUGAAAGGGCAGACGAUGGAUAAUUGUGUAACGUGCAACCUGUUUAUAUUUUUUGGAAACUUUUACUUGGACCGGAACUCGAAUCACGGAAUCACCAGGCCAGUUGCGGCACACUCUUUAUUGCCCUUUUUCCUUGUUUCAGUACCUAUUGUUUCUCCUUUCAAAUAUGUGAUUGUAUUAGCUCUUUCCAUAUGAAAGAAUUCUCCUUAUUUAAAUAAAAAAAAUAAAAAAAUAAAGCAGAUUAUGCUUUU